AGCUAUUAUUGUAUUAUCAAUGAUUAACCGCACCUAUAGUCUAUUCUGUUUCGUAUUUUUUUGCAUCUUGGUCUCUGUAAUUGAAGGUUCUACUCAAAUUAAGAAAGGAAAAUGUUUUUGGCCUGAGAACAACGAUCUUCUGGACAUCCAAGGCAUGCCUAUCACUGCCAAUGCUACUUAUAUGUUCAAGGCUCUAAAGCAUGGGCUAGUUUUGGGACCACGUGGUAGGUUUGGUGAAGCAAGAAUGGUUCUUAUGGAUAGAGUUAAUAGCACUUCUAGCAUUACCGUUAUACCACAAAUAAUUAAGGGAGAAUGGGGUAUACAAUUGGCGGGUGCAAAUCCUCCUCUCUAUUUGGAAGAUGUACCUACGAAUAUCCUCAAAAGGACGGAAGGUACCCUUAUGUUUGAUACGAGGAAAACAAGCCUUUAUUCGUUCUUACCUAACAAAGGGGCAAACAAUUUCAAUAUCGGCCAUCAAGGUGAGCUUGCUUCAGCUAGAGGAACAAAUUAUGUAUGCCGGAAGUAUCUGAUGGCCACAUCAAAGCAUUGUAAGCAAUGCGAAAUUGAUAGGCAAAAUCCCGAAACAACUUAUUUCACAUUAACAAAAAUUGGCAACUAAAACUAGUUUAUAUGAUUUGUUUCUGUAUAGUAAAAAAUCAUUCAAUACAAUAAUAAAUAAAUAAAUAAAUAAAAAAGAAUUAC